GAAUGUUUUUGUUUUGUUGUCACAAAAGUUUAGGUUAGAACACUAAGGUUAGUAGGAGAUCACAAAUUCCAAAAAAAAACAAUUAAAUUACACCACAAAUGUUCACAAAGUUAUUUUAUUAAACAACACUUUCUGUGUUUAAUCAGAUAAUGUGUAGUUGCCGAAUUUCAUUUGACUGGUCAUAUUUUACAGUCCUUUGAAUGAGGCUGACUUAAACCAAGGUUUGCAAAGAAAAAAGGCAUCAAUAGUCCUGCUCAAGAAACUCCUAUAGAUCGAAAAUAUUUUAACAGAAAACAUGGCUCAAAAUUCACCGUUAAUUUUGAGGAUUUUAGCCUCAUCUGCCAUGGUAGUCUCAAGGGCUGGCCAGAUCAUUAGAGAUGUGAAAACUAACGGCGAACUGGGCAUUAUAGACAAGGGUUCCUAUAAAAAUGAUUUACAAACAGAAGCCGAUAGAUCUGCUCAAAAAUGCAUCGUCGGUACACUGUCCAAGCUGUUUCCAGGUGUUACAAUUAUAGGAGAAGAAGGUCCACAUAAUGAAAGCGAGGAAAUUUCAGCUGAUUGGAUUGUAACUGAUUUGGAUGAUGGAGUGUUGGCAAGCACGUGCCCAUCGGAGUUUGCGACUCUCAAGCCAGAAGAUAUAGUUGUUUGGGUGGAUCCACUGGAUGGCACUUUAGAAUAUACACAGGGCUUCUUAGACAGUGUGACUGUUCUGAUUGGUUUAGCAGUCAAUGGAAAGGCAGUCGGAGGCGUAAUACAUCAACCAUAUUAUAAUUUUAAAGAGGAGAAAGAUUGCAAAGGAAGGACUCUUUGGGGGUUAGUAGGCCUGGGGGUGGGUGGUUUUGUGCCCAACAGCCCACCAGUAGAUAAAUUUAUCAUCACCACUACAAGGUCUCAUUCAGAUGAUACCGUAGUUAAAGCGGUAGAGGCUUUGAAACCGGAUGAAGUUAUUAAGAUGGGAGGAGCUGGACGUAAGACGAUAAUGUUGUUGGAAGGCCAUGCACAUGCCUACGUGCACGCUAGUAAAGGUUGUAAAAAGUGGGAUACGUGUGCCCCUGAAGGCGUCUUACGAGCUCUGGGUGGCAUUCUUACUGAUAUCCAUGGCAAAGCGUACGAUUAUUCAAAAGAUGCUUCGUAUCCAAAUAACCAAGGCUCUUUUGCAACAUCCAGGUAUGUAAAUCAUCAGGAACUGAUUGACAAAAUUCCCCAAGAGUUAAAGGAUAGAUUUCCAUAUUAACCAGAGAAAAAGAGAAAGUGCAGAAACCAGUACUAAAUCUGAAUAUAUUGAUAUGGUGUUGUUUUAUUAUAAUGUUAAAAACGAUUAAACUCGAUCAGGUAGAUGGGAAAUUUGAUUAGCUGAUUUAUUGGGAUUCCGUUAAAGAAUUGUAAUAAAUAAUCAAUCAACAUAAAUCAAGUUCUGAUUUUACCCUUUUACCGAAAAUACUAUUUAUGAUAAUCGCUGUUAUUUGUAUUUAAUACAUAUUUGGGAAUAGGGAUUUUAUUUAGGAAAAUUAUGUUCAAAGAUACAUUAAUACUUUGCUAUCUUUAUUGUGCACGGCAUAUUACCCUUAUAUGAAAUAUGUUAAAAAAAUUAAUUCCAUACUUAAGUGUUGACUGUUAAGUGUACAACAUACGUUGAGUACUUGCAUUCAUAUUAAAUUGCAUAAAAUAUAGUAAAGCAAAUAUAAAUAAUUAAUACAUUGAUAAUAUCUUUACAUAUGUAUGAAACAUUGAAAUAUCUAUAUUGAUUGGGAAAUAAUAGUAAACAAUGGUGCAACUACUUGCAAUAAUGCAUUAA